ACUUGUGACAUCACCUCUGGUCCCGUAUAAAAGGCCAGCGGUGACUGAAGACUAUCACAGACCCCCAGCUGUUCUGCGUACUGUAGCCUGAUCAUCAUGCGUGAAAUAGUACAUCUGCAAAUUGGACAAUGUGGCAACCAGAUCGGCUCAAAGUUCUGGGAAGUGAUCACUGACGAACAUGGGAUCAAUGCAACUGGCAUCUAUGAAGGAGAAAGCAACCUCCAACUGGAGAGGAUCAACGUCUACUUCAAUGAGGCGCACGGUGGUAAAUAUGUCCCCAGGGCCUUGCUCGUUGACCUGGAGCCUGGCACCAUGGACAGCGUUAGAGGAAGCCGCAUCGGAGCCCUUUUUAGACCAGACAACUUCAUCCAUGGGAACUCAGGGGCUGGGAACAACUGGGCGAAGGGUCACUACACCGAGGGAGCCGAGCUGGUGGAGCAGGUGAUCGACAGAGUGAGGAAUGAGAGCGAAAGCUGCGAUUGCCUGCAGGGCUUCCAGCUGGUUCAUUCGCUGGGCGGCGGCACCGGCUCCGGCAUGGGGACCCUCCUCAUCAACAAGAUCCGAGAGGAGUACCCCGACCGCAUCAUGAACACCUUCAGCAUCAUGCCGUCCCCGAAGGUCUCCGACACGGUGGUGGAGCCGUACAACGCCACGCUGUCCGUCCACCAACUCCUGGAGAACACAGACGAGACCUUCUGCAUUGACAACGAGGCCCUCUACGACAUCUGCUUCCGCACCUUAAAACUGACCACGCCGACGUACGGGGACCUCAACCACUUGGUUUCCCUGACCAUGAGCGGGGUCACAACCUCGCUGCGAUUCCCGGGUCAGCUCAACGCAGACUUGAGGAAGCUGGCUGUGAACAUGGUGCCGUUCCCCCGCCUCCACUUCUUCAUGCCCGGCUUCGCCCCUCUGACGGCACGCGGUAGCCAGCAGUACAGAGCCCUCACCGUGCCUGAGCUCACCCAGCAGAUGUUUGAUGCCCGCAACAUGAUGACGGCGUGCGACCCAAGGCGAGGGCGAUACCUCACCGUUGCCGGUAUCUUCCGUGGCAAGAUGUCCACCAAGCAGGUCGACGAGCAGAUGCUAGCAAUCCAGCUGAAAAACAGCAACUACUUCGUGGACUGGAUCCCACAUAAUGUCAAGGUGGCCGUGUGUGACAUCCCACCUCGGGGCCUCAAAAUGGCCUCCACCUUCAUCGGCAAUAACACGGCCAUUCAGGAGAUUUUCCGCCGCGUCGGCGAGCAGUUCGCCAUGAUGUUCAGGAGAAAGGCUUUUCUCCACUGGUACACAGGGGAGGGCAUGGAUGAGAUGGAGUUCACCGAGGCGGAGAGCAACCUCAACGACCUGGUGUCAGAGUACCAGCAGUAUCAAGAAGCCACCGCUGAUCUAGAGUGGGAAGCAGAGGAUGAAGAAGAGGAGGGACCCGCAUCACAGGCGACAACUAAGGUUGAGUCUCGGGCGGAGGUGAAACUUGAAACAGUGACAGAAACGAGCAAAGACACUGUAGAUGAAGAUGAGUAGAAGCCGCGACUUGUGAAAGGAUCUGGGAAAUAUUAUGUGGCUUUGUUGCUCUGAAAAAGAACUCUUAUUUUGUAGGUGCUAUGACAUUUUUCAACGAUAAUGCUAACUUUGGUAUUUGUGUUAAUUCAAUGAUUUGAAUAUGACGCUUGUAUGUACGUUUCUGAGUGUUUUUUCUAUUGCAUUAAAUAUAUAACCAUGGACUUUUUUACAUGUAUAUAUAGAAGAAAUUAUGUUUAGUCAGCUCUAUGUAACCCACUGCUUUAAGAAGGAUAUUGUGAUGUUUACAUUGUUUGAGGAAUAUUGUUUUUAUAGGAGCUAUGACGGUAAAUAAAAACAGAAAAACCAAAAACUGA